UAUUCCCCUCAUUACAUCUCAGAGCAACAAAAGAAGGGAUGGUGAAAGCAGUAGUGGGAGAAGAAAGUCAGCUCAAAUUAGCUGAAAAUCGCCUUAGCAAAUCUGGACUCCCUUGUCAAGUAGGGCUUGUAAUUGGGAAUUUAAGUUGGAAAUUAGAUCGAGGAUUCGUAUUCGAUUUGAUCCCAACACCGCCGAACGACAACGGUGAACCGGCGUGUUCCAUAAUUGGCGGGGUUAAGGAUGAUCGGAAAAAGGCAUCCAAAGGAAAGUCGCACCCUGAUUCUUCCGCAUUGUUUAUUGACAAAGAUUGGGUUGCUGAACAGGCUCGUCAGGUUGGGAGAAUGCUAUUGGGUGGCGUGAAGGUGGUUGGCAUCUAUGUGUGGACCAAUGAGAGCUCAUUCAAAAAUUCAACCAUCACGCUUUGUCAGGCUGCAAAAGCAGUUGCUGAAGCAGCCCCUUUGAUGGAAGUGGUUUGGGAUGAAAGAUUGCUUGUGCACAUUGGUUACAGUCCCUUGAGAUGGACGUGUCGAAAUUGCUCAUUGGCUUCAAACAUUACAUCAGGCAAUUUACGACCUUGUGAUUUCAAAAUGGGAAAAAUUCUGAGUACUCGUCAGGCAUUCCGAUGCACAUAUGACUUUGAUUUGAGGUUGCCCAUAUGCCAGGGUUCAAGUAGCAAACGAUUGGCUGACAUUCUUCAUCAUGGAAUUUCAAUUCAUGCAAAAGAGCUUAAAGGUGCCAAGGCAUUGAUUGAUGGGAAAUUGGCAACUGAGGAUGAGCAAUUUGAUUUAGGUGCUGUACAUGAUGUUGAAUUUCUCCUACCUUUCAUGGAAGACAAAUAUUUGGAAGUAUGCAGCCAAAAAGAGAUUACAGGUCUUCUAGUCUUUAGUGGCUCUGUCUGCUCCUAUGCUUACUCAAAUUCGAAGGAACCAUCUUCUCAAGCUUUGGCUGGCAUAAAGGAAGACAUAAUUAAGAGUCUAAGAAGCAGGUUAGAUAUCAUAUGUGAUGAGGCAGACAGAAAAUCAGAUUGUAAAGAGGACAGAACUGAAGAGAGCAGCAACCAGAUAUUAAGUGGCAGUGCUGUUCUGCAACUUGAUUUACAGUUACAGAGAAAACAUUGCAGUCUGUCAUUUCCUCGAAGAGUAUUUUUACCUUGGCUGGUUGAUACAUUCCUCUGUGACUAUAUACAACCAUCUGAAUCAGUUGAGGUUCUCGAGGAUCAUUUUGCCGAGCUCAUGUUUAUAGAGUUCCCAAAUAAUUCUUCAAACAUCUUGGAGCCUGAAGCUGAAGCUCCUUCAUUGGUAUCCACCACAGCAAAAUCGUUUCGGGAGGUGUCAACCCCAUAUUGUCUGCUACCUAAGUCAGACGACUCACUCUCAAAGCAAAAUAGAGCUGCUACAAUCUUGAGAAGUGACCACAAAUCGACAAAACCAGCUGGUUUUAACUUCAUAAUAGCUGUUUUAGUUCUUGUUGUAUCAAUUGUAGUAGGGGUUGUGGUAUUUGUUGUCAGGUCAUCCUAGGGAACACGGAUGGUGCGUACAAAAAAAUUAUGUUUAGACAAAUCUCAUGAUACUGUCUCAUAGCAUGUACCAACUACUACGGCUACUGAUUCCGAAUAUUUUAAUUUUGGUGAUAAAUGCUACAUUGAUUCGGAAGUUAUGGUCUUCUA